AUGGAGAAUUUCUGUCAGUUCUCAGCUCUUACUCUCAUUUUGUGUGAGAUUGUACCCCAGAGGAGUUUUGGGAUUGAUUAUGACUGCGGCUGCUUUGUCAAGGAUGGAAGGCCUUUCCGUUACAUCUCGGGUAGCAUUCACUACUCGCGCGUGCCCAGGUACUACUGGAAGGAUCGCCUGUUGAAGAUGAAGAUGGCAGGACUUGAUGCCAUUCAGACGUAUGUACCAUGGAACUACCAUGAAACUCAGCUGGGCACGUAUGACUUUUCUGGUGACAAAGAUCUAGAGUAUUUCCUGCAGCUUGCUAACGACACUGGUUUGCUCGUUAUCCUGAGAGCUGGACCUUACAUCUGUGCAGAAUGGGACAUGGGAGGUCUCCCUGCAUGGCUGUUGGAGAAGAAAUCAAUUGUUCUCAGAUCUUCUGAUUCAGAUUAUCUGGCAGCUGUAGAGAAGUGGAUGGGUGUUCUUUUGCCGAAGAUGAGGCCUCACCUCUAUGAAAACGGAGGUCCAGUCAUCAUGGUGCAGGUAGAGAACGAGUAUGGAAGCUACUUUGCUUGCGACUAUGACUAUCUGCGUUCUCUUCUGAAGCUCUUCCGCCAGCAUCUUGGGGAUGAGGUAGUGCUCUUCACAACUGAUGGUGCAAGCCAGUUUCAUUUGAAAUGUGGAGCUCUUCAGGGUCUUUAUGCAACAGUCGACUUUGCCGCAGGUGGCAAUGUCACAGCAGCAUUCUUAGCUCAAAGGGGCAGUGAACCUACAGGCCCUUUGGUUAAUUCCGAGUUUUAUACUGGAUGGUUGGAUCACUGGGGACACCGUCAUUCUGUUGUGCCUGCACAAACUAUAGCUAAAACACUUAAUGAAAUCCUGGCACGUGGUGCUAACGUUAACCUGUACAUGUUUAUAGGUGGGACUAACUUUGCCUAUUGGAAUGGUGCUAACAUGCCCUAUAUGCCACAGCCGACUAGUUACGACUAUGAUGCUCCACUGACUGAAGCAGGGGAUCUGACUGAAAAAUAUUUUGCCUUGAGGGAAGUCAUUGGUAUGUAUAAGAAGUUACCAGAAGGUCUUAUACCUCCGACAACACCCAAAUUUGCAUAUGGGAAGGUUCGCUUGCAGAAG